GCAUAGAGGAGGGGGAGGCGCACAUGCAUUGAGAGAAACACACACACACAUAGUGGCAGCCACAUUUUCACAGCCUGCUCUUCAGACUGACAGCAGCAAACGGAGUUGAGAGGCAGCACGAUAGAGCGAGGGAGGAAGAGAAAGAGGAUUGGAAACAAGUGAGGCAUCCACAGAGGAGAGAAGACUACACAGGAUUUGCCCCCUUUUUUUCCUCUUUUAUCUCUCUGGGAGCCAUAAAAGGAUUCUCCCCUGUACUCCUCUUGAACUGAACUUGCUCUGCUGCUUCAAGGACCCUGCACCCUGCAAUGGCAGCCCCUGUGGGUCAUGGGAACACCGUCUCCCUCUCAUCUUGCUCCUCUCAUCGUUGGACUUCCCUCCUCUGGACUCUGUUGACCCUUUCAAGCCAAGUGUGGGGCUUUAAUGUGGAUACUACUCACACACUGCAUAAGUUGGGAGACCAUGGCACCUUUUUUGGUUUCUCUCUAGCACUUCACCAGCAGCUUACCCCCGAGCCUCAGAGCUGGAUCCUGGUGGGGGCGCCGCAGGCAGCGGGGCAGGGCCUGUUGAGGGGCAUCCGGCCCGGAGCCUUGUUCAAGUGUCCAAUCACACCGGAAGAAUACGACUGUGAGCGGGUGGAUAUUGAUGGAGAAGUGAAUCUGGAAAGGGAGAGCAAAGACAACCAGUGGCUGGGAGUCACUGUCAAGAGUCAGGGGAUUGGAGGAAAGGUGGUGACCUGUGCUCACCUGUAUGAGCUCAGGCAACGCAUGAACCAACCGUCAGAGACUCGCGACCCCAUCGGACGCUGCUACGUCCUGAGUGAUGAUCUGACAGAACGAGACGACCUGGACGGAGGGGAGUGGAAGUUCUGCGAGGGCCGGCCGCAGGGACACGAGCAGUUUGGCUUCUGUCAGCAGGGACUCUCCGUCAGUUUCAGCCCAGACAACAACUACAUACUGUUUGGGGCUCCUGGAACUUACAACUGGAAAGGUGAGAUGCGCGUCCAGCUCUUAAACCGGACUCUGCUUGACCUCGGUUUUUAUGACGACGGGCCCUACGAGGUGGCAGAUCAGAAACAACUUAAUGCCCAGCUCAUCCCUGUGCCCUACAACAGUUACCUGGGGUUUUCUGUUGACUCGGCCAUGGGGAUCAUGAGCCUCGGGGAGCUGACGUUCGUGGCGGGUGCACCCCGGGCCAAUCACACAGGGGCGGUGGUGCUUCUGAGGAAGGACAACGUGUACCGACUGGUGCCACAGCACAUCUUCUGGGGGAAGGAGCUGGCGUCUUCAUUUGGGUACUCGGUAGCUACGGCGGAUCUAAACAGGGACGGCUGGACUGAUCUGAUUGUCGGAGCUCCUAAUUUCUUUGACCGUAAGGCAGAGAUUGGUGGCGCUGUGUAUGUGUACCUCAACCCAUUCGGUCACUGGGACGAUCAGGCUCGGCCCAUCCGUCUCAACGGGACCUACGACUCCAUGUUUGGAAUGACGGUCAGCAAUAUAGGAGAUCUGGACCAGGACGGAUACGGAGAUAUUGCUGUUGGGGCACCGUUUGAUGGAGAUGGCAAAGUUUUUAUCUACAGAGGCUCAGAUGCUGGAAUUGAAACAAAACCGGCUCAGGUGCUGGACGGUCGUGACUUUGAUGUGAGACGUUUUGGAUACUCCAUCUCAGGUGGUUUGGAUAUUGAUAACAACCACUACCCUGAUAUUGCGGUGGGCUCUCUGAAUGACUCAGUGGUUCUCUUCAGGGCUCGCCCAGUAAUCCAUGUGAUCAGAGAUGUAUCUAUCGAGCCUCAGUUCAUUGAUCUGGAACAGUAUAACUGCAAGGGCAGAGAAGGAGUCUGCAUGGAGGUCACGGCCUGCUUCACCUUCACAGCCCACCCAGAACACUACUCACCACACAUUACACUUGUGGUGCACUUUGAAGCUGACACAGAGCGCAGGAAGUUGGGCCUCCCCCACCGCGUUAACUUCUUGGGCCACAGUUCCCUGGAGCCGGAGUUUACUCAGAUAGAAGAAGUGGCGCUGCAUCGGCAGCGUCACCCUGUGUGCACCACCGCUACCUUCCAGCUCCAUGAGAACAUCCGGGACAAACUGCGUCCGAUCUCAUUGGCGAUAACCCACACUAUCAAGCGUGUGCCACCACGCAGACACUCAGGUGUCAAGAGGCUGGAGAAGCUGGCUCCUGUACUGAGUGAUUCCCCCUCAAACACGCUGCACUCUGAGGUGAACUUCCUUCGAGAAGGAUGCGGCAGCGACAAAAUCUGCCAGAGCAACCUGAAGCUGAGCUACCAGUUUGGAACGCGGCCCCUGACCUCCGACCUCUUCACCCCUCUGCCAAAAGAUGAGGAUAAUGUGCAGGUGUUCUCCCUGUCAGACCAGCGGUUGGUGGUGCUGGAGAUCAGCAUCACCAAUAUGCCCUCCGACCCGCUGCACCCCGAGGAGGACGGAGAUGACGCCCAUGCUGCUCAGCUGCUUAUCUCCCUUCCAAACACUCUGUCGUACGCCGGCUCCAGGAUCCCACCACAGAUGAGAUGCCAAGCGAACCAGAAUGGCUCACAAGUUGAAUGUGACCUGGGAAACCCUGUGAAACGAGAUACUAAGCUGAAAUUCUCCAUCAACUUGAGCACAUCUAACAUCACAAUUGAGACCACUGAGUUGACCGCAGAUCUCUUAUUGACAACUAUCAGUGAGCAGCCUGAACUGGCACCAGUCACAGCUUUUGCUAAAGUUGUGAUAGAGCUCCCUCUGUCUGUCAGUGGGUUUGCUCGUCCUCACCAGCUGUUCUUCAGCGGCAAAGUUAAGGGAGAGAGUGCCAUGACCAGUCUGGAGGACAUCGGCAGCCCUGUGGAUUUUGAGUUUGUGGUUGCUAAUCCCGGACAAGCUCUGCAGACGCUCGGCUCGGCCUUCCUCAACAUCAUGUUUCCUUACGAGCUGGCCAAUGAGAAAUGGCUUCUGUAUCCCGCCAGCCUGAAGUUUGAGGGCCACCCAGACACACAGUGCACCACAGCAGGGGCCUUGAAUACUCUGAAGCUGCCCAGCUCCUCACCUGCAGAACCUCCACAGCUUGGCAAUCACAGGGCUGGGCGAACGCGUCGUUCCCACCCAGAGGAGGAAGAUCAAGUGACGACAAAAGGCAGCGUGAGACGAACCACCCCAGCUGUGGCAGCCUCUGAGAGACGCAAGUCACUCAAACUGGAUUGUCUCUUGGGGUCGGCACGCUGUGUCCUGUUUCAGUGUCCCCUCCACAGCUUCUCCGGUCAAGCUGUCCUCAAGAUCCAUGCCAGGCUGUGGAACAGCAGCUUCAUAGAGGAGUUUCCAUCAGUCAGUGCUCUGGAGCUGCUGGUCAGAGCCAACAUCACUGUGAAGUCCAGCAUCAAACACCUGAUCCUCAGGGAUGCUGCUGCUCAGGUGCCAGUGAUGAUCUAUCCUGAGCCUGGUCUCGCUGACCAGUACUUGAUCCCCUGGUGGAUCAUCCUCAUAGCCGUCCUGGCGGGCAUCCUGCUGCUGACUCUGCUGGUCUGCAUACUGUGGAAGUGUGGCUUCUUCCAACGGGCCCACUACAAAGACAAAUUGCCUCAGUACCACGCGGUGAAGAUUCCUCGCGAGGACCGGCCACAGUUCCAGAUUGAGAAGUCAGGAGUUGUCCAUAAAAAGGAAUGGGCCACGCACUGGAGUGACGGGACCUCGUAACUCGCUUUGAAGCACUGACUGACUGAAUUAAUUCAAAUCACCAUGUGUGGCACUCAUUCUGUCUUUGCAUUGGAACUAACUGACUAAAAAAAAGUGCACAUAGACAUCAUGACAUCUUGUGCACUCGGUACUGUGUCAGUACUUGCAUAUUGGUGGCCUGUUACACUGUGACUGGAUCUCUACUCUCUCAAGCUGUAGCCUGCUGAUGGCUGGCCUUGCAUAGUUUAUUUAUACUGUGCAUCUAUCUCAGCGUGUUAAAGUUAAUACCGAAGGCCAACAACAACUUUGGAAUCAGUCUAGCUGCUCAAUAUGCUUUACAGCCUGCAGACGGAGCGCUGAUGCUCACAUGGACUUCACCGUCUGUCAUCAGAACAAAGGAGGACAGAAAACCACAACUCAAAGGCAUGCAUGAAUGCACAAACGCACAGUAUAAUCUCAGAUGCAUACAGAGACACUGGACAUUUUUGACAAAGAAGCCACUGCCCGUGACAAAAACUACUUUUUGCCUUAACUACUGUAAGACUGACGAAAAAAAAAUGCAUUUUUUUAUAUAAAUAAUGUUUUGGGAUUUUCUUUUAGUUAGCACUGGUAAACAUUUGGGAAAAUAUCGAAGGUAUCAGUUUAAUAAUAUGUUGCCUAACACUAAAUGUGUUGUUUUCUGGGCUUGCUGUUUGCUCUGGAAACAAGCUCACCUGAUGUUUUUUGUAAACCCUUAUUCAAGGAAAAAAAAUGCCCUCUCGUGUCAAUAUCUUUUUCAUUUUUUGUUAAUAUGUCAGUUAAAUGUAUUGUACAUCAAUAGUUUACCACCUGAGUAAACUUGAAUAAGAACUUGAAAAAACCACACAAUACAACCUAUGACAGCCACGGCCAUAGCAUUGCAGUCGCAUGAAAACCAAAUAUCGAAGAAAAUAUUUAAAAUACGGUCGGCACAUUUGUAGUGUAAGCAUUUAAAUUUCUGAAGCAAUGUUUAAAAGGAUUAUGUGUGAAAACAUGGUCUCAAAUCAAAACCUAUAAUAAUAUGUAUGACUGAAUUAGAUCAUAGUUAUGAGGUUUUCAACAACAACAUCUUUAUUUCUUUCCUUUUGUUACUCACAGACACCAUGACCUUUGUAUAAAUAGGUUUAAAACGUUUUAUUUAGAAUAUAUUAACCUGCUUGUUGCGCUGUUCCUGGUACUGUACUCUGGUCACACCAGCCAGGGUAAGAUAGCUACAUUCAUGUCAGUACUGACGUUUCUAACUGCAUACAAGUGCCUUAUGGUAAAAGUGGCAGAUUGUGAACUACUGGUAAAGAACACAAGGCAACUUAUAAACUAGAUCAGGAAGCUGCCCUGAAGCAUCUGUUGGACACAUGUGGACAAAUAAACAAAAUGAAGACAGGAGAGAAGAUUUCUAGAAGAGCAGAACAUGUCGGCAAGGAACCACACAAACUUUCUUUGGAUUUAAUUUGGGUCAAUGAAGUGGUUGUAAAGCAUGAAGAGCUUGUUUUUUUAGGUAUUGCUGGACAAUCUUGUAUUAGCUGCAUGAAGCUCCUGUUGCUGUUCUGACCUUCCCCUAUUUUUGUUUUUGAUGUUGUCAUAACUCAGUGUUUUAUUUAUUCUAUGUUUGGCUGCACCAUUUUAACAUUGUAAAUAAAAUUAAAGGAAACAAAAUAAACCCAUCAGAUAACGUAUAAGUUGUGUCGUUCUCCGUAGAAUGUUUAGCCAGUUGU